CCAAUCAUGGCUCAUUUCUGCAUCAACUCUGUCAAUGUAAUGUUUCUCUUGCUUACCAUCUUCUCUUCUCUUCAUUACCUCUCAUCUUCCCUCGAGUUUCAAGUCGGCGGCACCGAAGGCUGGGUUGUCCCUCCUGCCAAUGACACCAAAGUUUACAAUGUCUGGGCCUCAGAGAACAGAUUUCAAGUUGGUGACAUUAUCUUUUUCAAGUACAAGAAGGACUCAGUCAUGGAAGUGACAGAGAAAGAGUACAAUAAGUGCAACUCAACACGUCCCAAGUUCUUCUCAAACACUGGCGACUCAGCCUUCAGGCUUGACCACUCGGGGUCAUUCUACUUCAUAAGUGGAGUAUCCGGGCACUGUGAAAAGGGACAAAAGAUGAUCGUAAAGGUCAUUUCGCCUGAGGACUCUAUUCCAAGUGACCACAAAUCUUCUACAGUCCCAGGUCCUGGCGUUUCAAAACAAGCCAUUGUUCUUCACCUUGUUUACGUUUAUGUUGCUUCUUAUCUCUUCUAGUCCAUCAAGCUUCCUGUGUUUGUGAAUUGUGAAUUUCCUUUUUCUUGUUAUCCCGAAGUUUUUCUGUUUAGUAUUAGUUGUUUUGGGCGUAUAUUUUUGUUUUUGGGUUUUUUAAUAUUUGGUAAUGUUAUUUGGUUGAUAACCAUGCGAAAAGUUCAGAUUUUCAGAUGCUAUUUGUGUUGAUAUUGUCUUUGUUUGAGGGACCUUUUUGGA